GGAUCUCCCCAACUAUCAAAAAGGACAUGGACAAGUCUCCUUUCAACAGCCCGUCGCCGCAGGAUUCAUCACCCCGUCUGACCAGCUUCACCCAACAUCAGCGGCCUGUCAUUGCUGUUCAUAGUGGUAUCACCCGAAGCCCCCACCCUUCCUCCGCUCUGCACUUCCCCACCACCUCGAUCCUGUCCCAGACGGCCUCCACCUACUUCCCCCACACAGCCAUAAGGUACCCGCCUCAUCUGAAUCCGCAGGAUCCUCUGAAAGACCUCGUCUCGUUGGCCUGUGAUCCGUCCAAUCAACAGCCAGGACCGUUAAAUGGAAGUGGCCAAGUGAAGGUACCCGGGCACUACCUUUCCACACAGAUGUUGGCGCCGCCGCCCCCCGGUAUGCCCCGCCUGGCAAUCUCGCCUGAUACCAAAUCCACCACGACAGCUUCCGAGGGAGGGACCUCCUCGCCGACAUCACCCAACUCAGGGCGCUUUGCGAUCCUGGCUGGGAGGGGCAAAGACUUGGGGAGGGCUCCUAGAUGA